AAUAUUUUACGCCAUCUCUUAGUUGGUAAUUGAAACUAAUUUACGUUUGUUAUCAGUUGACAAUCGUUGUUCGAAGCCCGUAUGUCACAGUUAAGCUCUACUAUCAUAGAUCGUUAACCUAGCUACUGCUGUAAAGCUCAUUAACUGAAAGGUAAGGUCUUAGAGAUUAAAAAUAAUACCUUGAUUGCCAAUUUAUUUGUUAUACCUUGAUUUCCUGUUGAAAUUUGGUGUAGAAUUUUUAAAGCUCAGCGUAGCUUUAUGUAGCCUUUGUAAUUGCAAAAGGAUUAAGAUAUAUACAUAAUGUAGCCAGUUUAACACAAAUCUACUAGCGAUGAAUAAGCAGUCUAUCGACAGAUGACUGUAUAUUUCAGAUUGUUUAGAAUAAAGACGUAUAGUCAUUUUUUGUUAUUUUUCAUGUUCUAAUAUCACCUUGACCUGUCAUUUUAGAUAGACAAACGUCUGAACUAUGUCCAGUGUGGAUCCCAUCUUAUCAGCAACGUUUCAAUUGUGCACUCAACCUAAAAUUGACGUGAUAGUGACUUUAACAUCCACAAGUUUGACAUGCAUAGCGGCUCCUUCUUGUAAAUCGAAUACUCCUAAGCUACCAGUAAUAUUUUUAGACGAUAUAGUCGGAUGUUGUAUACUAAAGAGCUCAAGAAAAGAUGAAAGUGCUGCUUAUUUAAAAGUUGUUUCCUAUCCUAAACGCAAAAAGUUUUUAACAAGGAAAAGCCUCAGACGUAAAGUUCAACACGUUUUUAAAGCUCAAUCCGCUUUGUCUUACCAGGACAACGAGAAUGUCGUUCAUAAAUGGCAUUUAGUAAUAAGUAAUCUUUUAGAUAACGUUCCGGUCAACUCAAGUACAGAUCUAACAACCCUGAAAGAGGUCAAGAAACGUCAUUUUCUUAUUCUGAUUAAUCCUUUCGGAGGUCGAGGAAAAGCUAAACAAAUUUUUUAUGAAGAAGCCGAACCAAUCCUUAAAGAGUGUAACGUCUCUUAUGACGUUGUCCUGACAGAGAGAGCAAACCACGCAAAAGAAAUGAUGCUUAGUUUGGACAUAAAGAAAUAUUAUGGUAUAAUAACGGUUUCGGGUGACGGUCUUAUUCACGAAGUCUUUAAUGGCCUUAUGAAAAGGCCUGACUGGAGAGAUGCGGUCAGCAUACCUUUCGGUUCCCUUCCGGGAGGAUCUUCUAAUGCUCUUUGCUGUUCUAUAAAUUAUACAGCAGGAGAAGAUUACUUCAGAGAAGUUAUUGCUAGUGUAUCUACUUAUAUUAUUGCACGUCAUCGAAAAGAGAGAAUGUCCUUGGCCAAAGUUGACACGAAGAGUAAUAGUUUCUUUUCACAUCUCUCUGUAACUUGGGGAUUGGUUGCUGAUAUUGAUAUCGAAAGUGAAAGACUUCGGUUGAUGGGGGGAGCGAGAUUUUCCGUUACAGCAGUAGCUCGUCUAAUCAGUGAUUUAAGCGUUCAUGAUCAACUUUGCUUAAAUAUGACGUUAAAUAUAACAAAGCCACAUUUAAGCUUUAUGAAUCUUUUCGCUUUUGAUACUCCUAAGCAGAGGGGCUAUGGUUUUUUAUCAGUUUCCUGGGGUAUAUUUGCUGAUGUAGAUAUAGAAAGUGAGAGGUUUAGAAGCCUUGGAGGGGCCAGAAUUACAAUAGGAGGUCUGGUAAGGCUAUUCAAUUUAAGGAAAUACAGAGGCCGAUUAUCUUUUCUUCCGGCUGACGAUUAUAGUCCGAAGAAUGGAAUUUGGAGAACUUCUUCUACCAGCGAACUAAAUAGGGGAACAUAUGAUAGACCGGCUGUGCCAAGAUCGAUUUCUGUCGUUGGGACGAAAUGCACGAAUCUAAAUGCUAUGGCCAGAGGGGAUGGUGUAGGCGAUGACCUACCUCCUUUAACGCCCCCUGUCGACGCUAUCGUGUCUCCAGAUAUGCAACCGUCAGAAAGUUCAUAUAACCUUAUCAGAGUUCAAAAUCAAACAGAUGGCGCUGGAGGCUCUGAAGGCGCCUCAAAGCAAAUGGCUUCGUCAAAAGUUAGCACUCCACUUUUACCUCCCCUUACAGAGGCAGUGCCGAAAGAAUGGGUUACAGUUGAAGAUGAUUUUAUUACUGUUAUUGCCGGUUUUCUUUCUCAUUUGGAUGGUAAUUUAAUGAUAUCACCAAAAGCAAAGUUACACAACGACCAAUUUAAUUUAGUAUUUAUAAGAUCUAGUCAAAUAUCAAAGGCCAGAUUAGUAUCACUUUUCAUGAACAACAUGGAAGACGGCUCAUUCCUAAACGAUGCACACGUGGAGAGUGUAAUGGUUAAAGCGUUUCGUUUAGAACCAUUGUGCGAGAACGGAAUUUUGACAGUGGAUGGUGAAAGAAUAGAAUAUGGACCUGUUCAAGCACAAUUUUUACCUGGUAUAGCCUCAGUUAUGGCAAAAACUGUUGAAUGA